UUUGGUGGCGGCCGUCGCACGUCCGGUUAGGCACGGAGCUGCUCCCUCCCCUCAGCUGGAGCGGCGAGGGUUUUCUCAACCCGUUUCGUGUCACGCAGCCUCCACCCAAGCGCCAUGGCUCCGGCUAGGAAGGGCGGCAGUCGGGUGGCCAAGACCAACUCGGUUCGGAGCCGGAAGCUGGCUUCCUUUCUUCGGGACUUCGACCGUGAAGUGCAAAUACGAUCCAAGCAAAUUCAGUCGGACAGGCAGAACCUCCUCAAGGAGAUGGAUAACCUGUACAACAUCGAGAUCUUGCGGCUCCCCAAGGCGCUGCGCGAGAUGAACUGGCUCGACUACUUUGCCCUUGGAGGGAACAAACAGGCGCUGGAAGAGGCAGCAACAGCCGACCUGGAUAUCACAGAAAUAAACAGACUAACAGCAGAAGCUAUUCAGACACCCUUGAAAUCUGCCAAAACACGAAAGAUAAUGAAAGUGGAUGAAAUGAUAGUGGAAGAAGAAGAAGAAAAUAAGAACAAGAAUCUUCAAACUGCAAGAGUCAAAAAGUGUCCUCCAUCCAAGAAGAGAACCCAGUCCGUACAAGGAAAAGGCAAAAGCAAAAGGUCAAGCCAUUAUAACACUAUCACCCCAGCUGUGGGCCGGCUGGAGUUGUCAUUGGUGAAACCAACUCCAGGCCUGACCCCCAGGUUUGACUCGAGGGUCUUCAAGACCCCGGGCCUGCGUACUCCAGCAGCCAGAGAGCGGAUCUACAACAUCUCCGUGAAUGGCAGCCCUCUUGCCGACAGCAGAGAGAUUUUCCUCACAGUGCCAGUGGGCGGUGGAGAGAGCAUGCGAUUACUGGCUAGUGACUUGCAGAGGAUGGACAUCGCACAGCUGGACCCAGAGGCCUUGGGAAACAUCAAGAAACUCUCCAGCCGCCUCGCCCAGAUCUGCAGCAGCAUACGGACUCACAAAUGAGGCUGCCGCGCCGAGAAGCCAAACCUGACUCGACGGACCCUCAGCGGGCACUUCCGGGCCUCUGAGGAGACCUCUUCCCUUCCGGCUGUUUGUUUGCGUGUGAAGUUCCAGGGCGGGGAGUGGUGUUCCUCUGGGAGAAUUUGGGAAGUGGGGAGACACGCUGCUCCCCCAUCGGUUAGAUAAAGCUUUGUUGCUCACGCCUCCCAACCCCACUGCCUGCUGCAUCCGUGCAGCCGAGAUUUCCUGUCAUUCUCCCGGCAGAAUUCUCCUUCCUGCUCAGAGCUGCCGCCUUCUGCCUUGUGUAACCCGGCAUCCUGUCUGUCCUCCAGUGGCGGUGGCGUGGGAGCACCUCACGUCCCCAGGAAGACUGCCCGCUCCCCCUCCUCAGAGAACUCUCUGCAUCUGCCAUUUCCGCUCCGUGUUGCUCGAGGCUGGGAGUUUUAGGCUCAGAGAAGUGAGAGCUCUCUGAGGGGAGAGGACGGGUCCAGAGAGCUGGGAGGAAGCAUACACAUGGGGACAGGACAGCAGAAUGGGACGUGUCCCAGCAGUGGCCACAGCUGAGCCCAUCUCAGCCCGGCGGCCCCCAUCCCUGCUUUCCGCUGUGGUGGAUACUAAAUGGGGCUUCGGGAUCUAACACCCGCUGUGCCCAGUAGUUUUUUCCAAGCUGAUUGUGGAACCGCGGUUUGUAUUUAUCCCUUUACCGAAGACCAAAAACUGGUUUGGAGGCAGCUUCCAUGUCUGGCACCUCUACCUCUCUAGUUGGUAGGAAUUUGGGUAAGAGCAUUCUAGGGCUUAGCUUAGUCUAGGGUUUUAUGUGACCAGCUGCAGAGGAACUAUCUCUAAGCUCUCCAUGGUCCAGUGGUCCCUGCCAGGUCCACAGACUUUGCAGAGAACACUUCCCUCUUAUGGGGUUCAUUGGGGGGCAGGUGUGAAUUGCCUGGUGGCCUCAUUCCACGUGUUUGGCCUGUGCCCCGGGCAUCAGCUAGUUACUCCAUACCUCGGUCCCUGUGCCCCAGCCUGUACCUCUGCCCUGGCAAAUCAUGAGAUGUGGUCCAAAAACAUGGGAACUGGGAGUUCACUGUGUCCUCCUGUGUGGCUGUGUUCUACUCCGUGUCACUUUGCUCUGUGACCCGCCUAGCAAUCCAGUCCUGUAGCUGUAUUCCUUGUUUCAAGUUGUUUUAUUCUCCCUUUCCUGAAACUUGUGCAUAUCGUGUUCCCGAUUAAUGGCAUCUUUUAAGCUGUUGUAAUUAGGGCUACUGAAAGGUACCCGUUUUCAAUAAAUUGUGGGUUUGUUUUUAAA